AUGGGUUCCACACAGAUUGAUUUGGCAGAACUGCCUGCCAUGAAGAGCAACCCAAAGUUCAUCUUCUUCACCGACUUUGACGGCACAAUCACCCUCCAAGACUCCAAUGACUUCAUGACCGACAACAUUGGCUACGGCCGCGACAAGCGCCGCGCCGGAAACAUCGCCUGCCUCAACAACGAAAUCACUUUCCGCGACUCCUUCCAAGAUAUGAUGGACAGUGUCACAAAGCCCUACGACCAAUGCAUCCAAUACCUCGUCGACAACAUCAAGUUGGACCCCGGAUUCAAGGCCUUCUUCGAGUGGUCGCUGGAGAACAACAUCCCAGUUGUGGUACUGAGUUCGGGAAUGGAGCCCGUAAUCAAGGCCUUGUUGGAGAAGUUGGUCGGCCCAGAUGCAAGCAAGAUGCAGGUCUUGGGCAACCACGUCGGCCCCAGGGAAGGAAAGAACAUCAACGAAGAGGGUGGAUGGACAAUCCUCUUCAAGCACCCCGAGUCUGGUUUUGGUCACGACAAGUCCAUCGAGCUGCGAAAGUACUCCAGUCUGCCCGGGGACCUCCGACCAACAAUGUUCUACGCCGGCGACGGUGUAUCAGAUCUCUCUGCAGCACGCGAAACAGACUUGCUCUUCGCCAAGAAGGGUCACGACCUGAUCAGCUACUGCGCGCGCGAGGACGUGCCAUUCACAGUCUUCGAGGACUGGUCCAAUAUCCUGACCAAGUGCAAGAGCAUUGUAGAGGGCAAGACCACUGUCCAGGCUGCUGCCAAGGAAGGCUACGAGGCGUACAAGAGUGGCGCUGCUGGAAUUGAAGUUCAGACCAAGAAAUAA